AAUGCAUCCGCUGGUUGUUCGAAUAAGUGUCGGGACUUUGGACCGAUAGCGGACGGGUCCCCGUGGAAGGAGACGGAGCUGCUGGUAGGUGAAGGACGUGCGGAGGAAUGACACGACGGGCACGGUCGUACCGGGAGUUCGUUGAUGAGGAGGAGGAGGAGGAGGAGGAAGGGGAGGAAGGGGACAGCCUGCCUGCAGGCUUCUUCGACGAUGCCGCCGAGGACCGCGAGAGCGAGGAGCCCGGCGAGGGAGACUCUCGAGCGGACGACAGCACGGGGAGCGGCCCGCCGGUGAGAUUCAGUAAGACCUGCCUGAGGAACUUCUUCACGGUGGUGCUCAUCUUCAUCUACCUGCUGCUGACCGGCGUCGCCGUCUUCCUGGCCUACCAGACCAUCUCGGACUUCCUGGAGAAACUCAACCACCCCGUCAUGUCCGUCACCUACAAAGAGGUCGACUCCUUCUCCCCCCCAGGCAUCGCUCUGUACCCCGGCAAAGCUCGCCUGCUGAGCUGCAGGCAUCACUACCACGACUACAUCCCGCCUUUAGUGGAGCCGGGGAAGCCUCAGGAAGGAGACUGCGUGAUGGAGGACGUCACCUACUUCGGUCCCUUCGCCAAACAAACCAAGAAAAGAGCCGUGGUGGUCCGCGGCCAACAAGACGUCAGGAACAAAGAGGUGAUCUUCAUGCAGUUCAGCCACAAUGAAACCGAGGAGGACUUCAGCGCCAUCACUUACAUGCUUUUUGCAAAGUUCAGUGACUUGAUUGACAGUGCCAAUAAGUCUGAGUUCAUGAGGGACUGCGAGAGGAACUACUCCACGUGGACCUUCUCCGGGGGGUUCAGGACCUGGGUCAAGAUGUCUUUGGUGAGGACGUCCGGGAAAAACAACGAAGCUGUGGAGUUUCGCCAAGAGACCGCCGUGGUGAAGUUCAACGACAAAAGGCCCGAGUCGGAGAAAACCAACCAGCUCUUCUUCGCCGUCUUCGAAUGGCGGGAUCCGUACAUGCAGGAGAUCCGACUGAUCGUCACGGCAAAUCCCUGGAACUCCGUCGCCAUCCUGUGCGGCGUCUUCAUGGCUCUCUUCAAGGCCGCCAAUUUUGCCAAACUCACGAUCCAGUGGACCAUAAAAAUGCGAAAGAGGCAUCUGAGGAACAAAACACGGGAACUGAACCAGAUACAAUGAGAGGUUCUGCAGAAAAAGAUCCCAGAUGAUCCAAGAGGGUUUUAUCUUCACAUUUUAGGUCAAUACUUUUUAAAUAAUUGGUAAAUAUUCAGGUUGUUGUCAGCAAUGCUUCAUCGAUGCAGGUGAACCCUCUGACUGAAUACUACUGAUGGGUUCAUUUCCUAAAAAUGGCCACUUUGACCAAAAUUCUGUAAAUUGUUGUAAGCGUUAUUUCAUAAAUAUUUUGUAGGCUGCUGAAAACUAAGUAAGCUUUUAAAUGAUGCUUUAUUGUUUGUCUGUUUCAAGAGUGCAAAACUAAGAACUUGGAUUUUGUAAUCCUACUAUAAUAUAUAUAACAUCUAAAUAUCUGGAAAAUAUUGAUAACUCAAAAGGGAUUAUUGUGAACUACUUUCUUCUGUCAAAGUACAGCUGUUAGUCUAUUUUAAUUGUUGUUGAAGGUUCACUUGAAUAUGUGUCUUAAUUGUGUGUUUUUUUUCAAGAUUUUAUCCCACACGCAAUGUUGUCGACAUUUUUGAAAAAUCGAAUGUAAUAUUCAUGUGUGAAUUUUGUGUCUUCUCAAUUUUUCAAAGUGUAUAUAUAUAAUAAAAUAGUGUGGACUUUC